GAAUUUUCGUAUUCCUAUUCAGUCAGGAUAGUCAGAGUUCAAAAGGAGGGACGAAGGACUUUAUAUAAAUUAAGCUGACAGGCUCCUCUGCCGGGAUAAGAACAAACGAGCUUCCCAAAGCAUCACCAACGGACACACAGACAUGGCCUUGGAGGAAAUCAAGAGCAAAUUUGAGGGGAAUUGGCAAUUUAUAAAGGCAGAAAAUGGCGAUGAAUAUCUGGAGGCUAUGGGCAUGAACUUAAUCAAACGGAAGGCGGUAGCCCAACUGAAGCCAAUCCUGAUCAUCGCAGUAAAGGACGGCAAGGUGGAGUUCGUCAGGAAACUGCCAAUGAAAGAAGUCAGAAAUCAGCUAACAUUGGAUCAGGAGAAUGACGUGAACGAAGACGACCGCAAAUUCAAGGCAAACUUUACUUAUUCUGACGGAAAAUUGACUGUAGAUUUAAAAGCUGUGGACGGAAAGUCAAAAGACAGUGUCAUUGUGAGGGAAAUAGAGGGCGAAAAUCUCAUUCAAACGGCAACAUGCAAUGGAAUCACAGCAAAGACAACGUUCAAGAGAUCCUAAAGUGGUUUAAAGUGAUAUCAUUUUGUAUUUAUAGUAUUAAAUGAGAUGAUAUGCGUUUUUCGUUGUUAAUAUUGUUCGUGAAAAUAUCAUGGAAAAUCUUUAUUGUGAAGAUGUAAUUCUUACUUGAUGGCAGUAAUUGGGUACUGACUAAAACCCGGUCUCGGUCCCGGUCUUCGGUCUCGGUCCCGUGACUAAAACCCGGUCUUCGGUCCCGGUCUUCGGUCUCGGUCCCGUGACUAAAACCCGGUCCCGGUCCCGGUCUUCGGUCUCGGUCCCGUGACUAAAACCCGGUCUUCGGUCCCGGUCCCAGAUACUUUUAUUCGAUAAAAACAGAAUAUAUCAGGAUAUUUGAGCCCCAUUUCUCAAUAACUUAGGUAUGACAUCUCAUGUCUGCAUUCUGAUAGUAAAUUUAUCAUAUUAUUUUCUUCUUUCGUAAAAUAAUAUGUGAAAACUCCGGGACUGGUGGGACCGAGUAAUAAAAACAAUGCUAAAAGCCGGUCCCGUUCUCGACAUUUUUCCUCAAUAGCCGUUUUAACUACCUUUUCAUAAAAAAGAUAAGGACGUGAUACUCAAUGGCAUCCCUUUGUAUACAUAUAUUUCUGAUUUAUUGUGUGUAUAGGUUUUUUAUUCCAAUAUUCUUUAUAUAUGUACUUAUGUCAGAAUCGAACUCAACUACAUGUACGUGACAUUUUGUCCCAAAUGAUCGCGUUACACUACCUUUUCAAAAGAAGAUAAUGAUGUAGAAGGGAAAUAAUAUACAUGUACUUAUCCUGGUGUAUUUGUUUGUAAUUUACAGUUAGUUUAUUUGUUCAUUUAUUUUAUUUCUUCUAUUUCUGUCAAAAUCAGUUUUCAAAGAUUCAUGUUUUGUAUUCCGAACCCGAUCUCUUUAUAUGGGUAUAGUUGUAUAUAACCAAUAAAUAAUAACUAUAAAAUAU